AAACCAGCCAGGAAGGACGCCGACACAUCAGGAUAUAAAUCAACAGACGUGGAGCUGUCAAUGCAGGUGAAUAUCUAACUCAAAAGAUAAAAAUGUGUGAUGAUUUGUAAAAGGACAAAAAAAUCACGUGCCAUUUGUUUUGAAAGACUGGCAAGGGCAGACCACCCCCCCCCCCCCCCCCCCCCCCCCCCUGUCUCCUGCGAAAUAAAAGGAAAUAGUUUAUGCAACGCAUCGUCUUUAUCCACGUGACAUUUGAUUAAAUGCCUGUUGCAUUACUGCUUUUUAAGAGGACAAUCGAGUAUGAAACCUUUUUCCCACGCUUUUGUUCUAGACUGGCUCUUUCAAGUUUUCGUCAGAGUGUGAUCUUCACGUGAUUAAUUAGCAUUUCAUGUAUGAAUCAAAUAGUUCUUUAAAUAAUCAACUGUAAGUUUGUAGUCAAAAUGGAACUAGAAUAAAACAAGGCUUUCUGGGAGACAUCCUUAUGGGUUGCUAAUUUUUUUGUUUCUUAUCCAUUUUUUUAAGGAGGAUCAACCAUUGUCAGCCAGAAACAUAUGCCGAAUGGCACGCGAGCUCAACUGCAAAAAAUGA